GGUGCGCCACUCAUGGUAAAAAUGCUGGCGGAGGUUUAUUUAGAAAAAUUUAGAAAUUACCAUUCAUUGAAGAAACAGAAUACCAAUCAGCUCGUUGAUCUGACUAAAGAAAAAAUGAAUAUUGCACAGCUAUACGAACAGUUUAUAAGAAGAUGUUUUCACAAGAAAUUUAUGGAAAAAUUUAAGCCCAAAUUUGCUCUGAGCGACGCUGAAUUGGAUUGGUUGAUGGGUGAUUUUAUUUUGAAGCAUCAGUUGUUAGCUAUGGAACUGCUAAAUAUUGAAGUACGUAUGGACUUAUUAAAAAAUCAAUAUUAUAAAGUAAUACACGAUCAAUUUAAAAAACGAUGCAAACAGGAAUCAGAUUCAUCACAACUGGUUCAUGUAGUCCAGCAGAAGGUUAAUUUUUGCCAUCGGUCUUACAGUGAAUACUUUGUGGCAAAAUAUCUAUGCGACAACAUUUUUACGUUGUCAGGAAAAAUUGUCAGACGCAUUUGGUCUAGAUAUAUCGUUGUUCGAAGAUUGUCUAUGGCCAUGAUGGAAGGGAACCAGGCAUAUCUCAAUAUCUUAAAUAAUCUGUGUAAAAAAAACUGGAAGAUUGCACUGUGGGCAUGUGAGUGUGACUGUUUGAGUAUCAUUUCCUCUUUAGAAGGACAUUUUAAAUCAUUCUCAACAAGCAACCUAACGGAUAUGAUACUGGUUGCUGCGGAAAGUGGGUUUGUUGAAAUAUAUGAAUUAUUAUCAAAGAAUAAAGCUGACGUGAAUGCAGCGGAUGAAAAACAAUUGAAAAUGCCGAACCUAUUACAAGACGGAACAUAUGAAAGAAAAAUCCAAUCAGGCUACCACGGCGAAGUAUAUCAAAAACAAGUUGCAGUCACCUUUUUUCUACGGAUGCGGAGAGACAGUUUCAAAGUCAGAUUGGCAUAUGAAAUGUCAAAAGCCGACAAGUAUGAUGACGUAGUGAUCAUUGACGAUCGACGUGAGGUGUUACACUUCAUCCAGGUGAAGCACGCCGUUACCAAAGAUGGCAAGGUAAAUGUUAUCGAUUUAAAUGCACUAUUUCCGACCGUGGAAAAAGAUCAACACAACGGAGACUUCAGUAUUUACAAGUACCUGGAAUCCUAUUUGAAAGUUGUUGAAAACUUUAAGAAAGACCAAUACAAAAAGCAGUUCUAUAUAUUUACUAAUAAGGAUUUAAACAUCUCCGAUGUUGAUUGGGUGAGGACUGUUGAGGUAGAAGUAGAUGAAAUCCUACGAUUUCCUGGAUCCAAGGCCCGACACCUGAAACUGGAUCCAACCGAAAAAGCUAUUAAGGAGUUGAGCAAUUUUAUCAACAAAGAUUUCGAAAACCUUAAAAAGGCAAUCAAAGAGCUUUUCAACAAUGGAACCGUCAGUAACAUUUUAGAAACCUAUAGUACUCCUCUGAAAGACGUUUUAACAAUAAAAAAGAAGCAAUGCAGUUUUUUAGAUAGCUUCAACUCGGAAAGCGAACAAUUCAAUGUUGCCAAGUUGUUUAAAGUUCUGGAAAAAGAUAAGCUUGAUAUGAAGAAGACAAUAACAGUGAAUAACUUUUUACUAAGAAACUCAAGGGUGAAACAUUUGCCACGUUAUUUUAGUGAGGAGGAAAUUGUGGCAUUCUUCAACGACUUUUCUCUAUUGGUGAGUCAACCAAAUGAUUUGUAUCCAAUUAUUGAAAGCGAGCUGUGGACGUGGUGUAAAUCGUGGAUCUGUCCAGAAAUUCUCAGAAAAUUGAGAGAAAUCGAUCUGAUAUUUAGAGAUCUGAUAUUAAAAUUUGACCAACUCAAUAAACCUAAAAAGAAUAAAAUGAAGGCAAUGUUGAAAAAAAGUGAUGUACUAAACUGUCUUAGUGAAAUUCAGAAUGAUAACGAUAAACUUGAAGGUAAGGAAUCAAAACAAUUGCAAAAAUAUUACAUCAAUCGCCGUAUUAUAUACAAAUAUAGUAAACCGACCAAUGACGAAAAUGUCAUUGAAGUUGAGAAAACAGGUAUGGAAGAGGCCGAGAUGAACCAGCGUCUGGCUGAAAAUCUCCUUAAUAAAGACAACCAACCAGGUAUGGAAGACAACAUUGAAGUAAUUUCACGACAGAUGAGUGACACUCAGUUUAUUGAAGAGCUUGGGGAUACAUUUGAAGACCAUCAGAUCAUCGUACUUCUGGCAGACCCCGGAAUGGGGAAGACUAGCUUGCUUCAGUUUGUAGCCUUUGAAGUGCAGAAGCAAAAUGUCGUUAAUGUACUAGUUGAAGGUGCUUAA